AAUGAAAUAGAUAAUUCUCAAGUAAUUCCAUUGGAUAUUAAUACUGUUCAGACUGAUAGUUCUGACGAUAAUUGGGAAACAAAUUCUCAAGUAAAAGAACUAAAAAAAGAUAAUAAGUUCUCAGUUUCUAGAUUUAUUGAGGAAAAAGAUCAAGAAACAGGUAGAUGGAGACAAAACUCUGAUGCAAAUGAAUGGAAUAAAGAAGCAAGAAUCAGGGAUGAGAUGAUCGCAGCAUGGCGUUUCUUCAUGCUUGUUGUGCAUUUAGGGUGGAAUGUAAUUUCUAAGAGCAAAAGAAUUGAUCCGAAUAGAUUAAAGGUCAUGCCAAAAUCUAAAUGGGAAGAUUUUAUUAAAAAUAUAAAAGAAAAAUACUUAGUCGAUAUUGAUUAUAAGCUUAUUGAAAAAAACUUAAAAGAAGUAGAAGAUAAUUUUUAG